CAAUCCUUGCUGACUGCAACAUUUCUAAGCUUGCUGAGAUCGAUGAGCGUUAUGAGAGAUGACUAUGCUAAAGGCAUAAAAGAUUAUUUUGAAUCACUAAAUUUUGUUCUUCAAAACGAAAAGACCUUGGUUGACGAAAUCUUAACGAAACAAACGGCUGAUGCAAUUAAAAGUCGAAUCAGCGACCUCCUCUCGACAUCCAGCGCAAAGCGCGAAAGAAGCAAAGAUGUUGAAUUGGAAGGUAUAGAGGAAAAUGAAGAUGGUAGGAGUGGUCGGUACACAGAGCAUAAACAUACUGCGAAGAAACGUCGUGAAGAGCACACUGCAUCCAUAUUGGUGCUUAACUCAAAGAGAUUUCGAAGCUUCCCAGUUAAUGACAAAAGUGACUUUCUCCAACUUCGUACCGACCCUGAAUUAGCUUACUUCGACCGAACACGAUAUAUAUCGGAUCUCUCUGUUCACCGGGACGUCCUGGCCGGCAAGGUUAUCCCAAACCAGUUUUUCGAUUUUUUUCGUGUCAGCUGCGACUCUGAUCCAAAAGUUGCCAAAGGCGAAUUUCAUGAAAUGAUUAACAAUGCUAUCAGAAAGUUUUACCGGACGUAUGCCUCUAUCUGGGCGCGACACAAGCAAUCUCAUCUUGUUGCAGCUAUUGCCUAUGCUAAAAACUCGUUAUUCUCGCAGAUCUAUCUCCUAGCCGACGAAUAUGAUUCUUUUAGUAAUGCAUAUUUGAAUCUCAAGGACCAGAAGACUUAUAGUAAUCUUCACAAUGGACAGUCCUUACUUAAAAUCUUCUGGGCGUGUGUACAAGGACCACCAAAAGAUCGAGAAAUCAGUGAAGAUGUCCUCGCAGCUCUACAACUAUUCAAUGUGUGUGGUUCAGACGUCGAAGUCCAGCAACACUUUCAUAUUAUGGUGCCUCACUACAGUGGUUGCCGUUUCUCCCAAUUUACUGGAGUUCCGCGCGUUUUCAACACGAACACCACUUUGGACUAUCUUCAGGUGUUCGCCAGUUCGCCUAUUGCUGUUAGCAUCCUUGAAAAAGUCAGCAGCCUCAGUUCAACAUCGAAUGUUGAUAUCUGGCACGAUCCGAUCUUAUAUAAGAUGCUGCCAUUCCAGUUCCGCUUCUCAGAUUUGGUACACAACAUUAUGAUUUCAGGACUCCACAAAGGACGAAGCGGCCUCAUGCGGUAUGCCGGAGGUCUUACAUAUGUUGAAGAGGAGCAUAGGAAGCAACUGCGAAUUUCGAAUCUCAUCCAAGUCCAACGCUUCACGCUAGCUGUUUUGGCCCGUUACCAACUGUGUGCAGAGGAUGUUGAAGAUGCUCUUAUGAAAAUCGUGACGACUGGAAAUGUCACACAAUUAUUGGCUGCUAUCAGAAGCUAA